AAAGAGAAAGAAAUACAGAUGUCUUUCCCACCGGUGAAAACCCUCAAAAUCACCUUCUCUUCCUCUUCCUAUUCGCAUUUUCAGCUUCUCCACUUCAUUUUUGAUUGUCUCCUUGCCCAAAUUUACAGAGAAAACCCUCAAAACCAUCAUAUCUGCGAGAGGGAGUGAAGGAGAAGGGGACCAAUCUUUAGGGUUUUUGUAGCCACAAUGACAGAGAGACGGUGGAGUGCCCGCAGGAUGGCUGCGAACGCGAGGAUAGCCAUGGUGAGUUUGAGCCACCUAGCAGAAAAAGAUUACGUAAGCGCUCUAAUUAUGACGAUGAUUGGGAAGAAGAUUGUAAUGACGGGCUGGAUUCUUUUCCCAAAGCUGGAUCUCGUAAGAAGGCUUCUUAUGGCCAAGAAUGCAAGAAGCUUUUCAGUAACUGCCGGGCCAAGAAUGCAAGAAGCUUUUCAGCCUGGAGCUACUCCUGCACAGCCUGGAAAGAGGCACUUUCUGUGCUAUAAUAUGCUUGCAAGUAUAACCACAAUGGAACAUGAUGGAUAUUCACAUAUAGAGAUAAAUUUCCAUGAUACCAGCAGUGGUCCACGUGUUCCUGCAAUAACUGACUAUUUUGGCUUCACAAAAGCUUCUCUAAAUGAGAGUGGGAGUGUAUUUGCCAAUCCAUGUAAAGGCGAGAAGAAUAUGAGCACACUUAUGUAUUGGCCCUUCAGUAGCUGGGCAGAUAACAGUGAGUGGUCUAUGCGACUUGAAGGGGAAGAAGUUAGAGCAAUAGCACUUGGAAGUGCUUGGGUUGCAGCUGUUACCAGCCUUAAUUUUCUUCGUAUCUUCAAUGAGGGUGGUCUGCAGAUAGAUUUCCAUGAUACCAGCAGUGGUCCACGUGUUCCUGCAAUGACUGACUAUUUUGGCUUCUCGAUGGCUUCUCUAAAUGAGAGUGGGAGUGUAUUUGCCAAUCCAUGUAAAGGCGAGAAGAAUAUGAGCACACUUAUGUAUUGGCCCUUCAGUAGCUGGGCAGAUAAUAGUGAGUGGUCUAUGCGACUUGAAGGGGAAGAAGUUAGAGCGAUAGCACUUGGAAGUGCUUGGAUUGCAGCCAUUACCAGCCUUAAUUUUCUUCGUAUCUUCACUGAGGGUGGUCUGCAGGUUAAAACAUAUGCCUGUGCGCUCAGUCAUGUGUAUACCUUCAGGCCAACAUGUCGAGUAUUGCCUGCGUGUCUGAGAGAGUGGUUAUUCAAAGUAUCCAUGUCUCAUCCUAUACCAUUAACAUUCUAAGUUAUAAUGUAAUUUGACUUUACUUUGACAAGACAGUUAAUAUGAAGGUUAUCAUGGCAACUAACCGAGGUCACACUUUGGACCCUGCCCUCCUACGUCUGGGAAGACUUGAUCGUAAUAUUGAGUUCCCUUUGCCACAUAGAUGUCAGAAGAGGCUCGUCUCUCAGAUUUAGAAGAAGCUGCCGAAAGUUAAUCGGGCUCUGGCAGCCUGACUUCUUGAGGAGAAGGAAGGGCUGAAUGAGAAUAAGGGAGCUGAUGAUGCAGAUGUUCUGAAAACUUCAAAGAAAAAGAAAGGUCUCACGAGUGAAGUUCUCAAAGAUGAGAGGUUUACAGCUAUGUUUGAAAAUAAGGACUUUGAGGUUGAUGAAUUCUCAAACGAAUACCUGCCUUUGUACCCAAUGCCAUCAACAACAAAAAAAGGCAUCUUUGCUGGAGGAGCAUUUUAAAGCUGUUGAAGAAGAGGAUGAAAAGGCUAUUGGUGGUUCUGAUGCAUCAUCAGCGAGUGAAUUAUGAGAAGAUGAGCAUGAAAACACAAAGGCCAAACCCAAGAAGAAAGUACAAGCUCCUAGAGUUUUCGAAGUGAAGGAUAAAUGGCAAAAGAAGGGUUUUCUAAAACCCCUCAAAAACUGAGAGGAAAAACCAACAGAGAGGUUAGGGUUUAGUACCAGUAGCGGAGGGUUUAUUACUCCGAUUGAUGGAAGCGAAGAUGUGUUUCUUUCAUCAAUCAGAACACCCAGGAGAAGCGGCGUUGGAGGUGGAUGCGACACAAAAAUCCAAGAAAGAAAACCCCACUGGGUUUGAAAAGCCAGAGCAGUGGAGAGGAAAGGGCAAGAAAAAAGGAAAAGAAAUUGACCGUUACACGGAACUUGAGGGGGGAAUGGACUUUGAGGUUGAUAAAUUCUCAAAUGAAUACCUGGCUUGGCACCCAAUGCCAUCAACAACAAAAAAAGGCAUCUUUGAUGGAGGAGCAUUUUGAAGCUGUUGAAGAAGAGGAUGAAAAGGCUAUUGGUGUUCUGAUGCAUCAUCAGCAAGUUAUUUGUGAGAGGAUGAGCAUGAAAACACAAAGGCGAAAAGAAAGUACAAGCUCGUAGAUUAAGCGGAAGUUGCCGAAAGUUAAUCAGGCUCUGGCAGCCCGACUUCUUGAGGAGGAGGAAGAGCUGAAUUAGAUUUAAGGAGGUGAUGAUGCAGAUGUUCAGAAAACAUCAAAGGAAAAGAAAGGUCUCACGAGUGAAGUUCUCAAAGAUGAGAGGACUUUGAGGUUGAUGAAUUCUCAGACGAAUAGCUUCCUUUGUACCCAAUGCCAUCAACAACAAAAAAAGGCAUCUUUGCUGGAGGAGCAUUUUGAAGCUGUUGAAGAAGAGGAU